AUGGCUACCGAGGACUGGUUCAGCAGAUUUAUGAAACGACAUCCACAGCUCUCGUUACGGUGCGCACAACUAACUAGUUUAUCUCGUGCGACUAGUUUUAACGAAGCCAAUGUUAAUUGUUUUUUUAAUAAUCUGGAAAAAGUUAUGGACAAAUACAAAUUCGAACCUAAAGACAUAUACAACGUGGAUGAGACGGGCAUCACCACAGUCCAAAAACCAAAUAGAAUUGUGACUAAAAAGGGAACACGACAAGUGGGAGAAUUGACGUCCGCCAAACGUAGAACAUUGGUCACGUUAACCUGCGUGGAACAUUUUAUUCGGGAUGGGCCAAUUGGAAGCACUGGCACCGGAAACGCAAGUGGUUGGAUGCAAGACACUGAAUUUCUAAAAUAUUUACAUUUCCAAAAAUAUGCAUCUGCAACUAUCGAUCACAGAGUUCUCCUACUUCUAGACAAUCAUGCGUCUCAUAUUUCUAUUCAAGCCCUGGACUACUGCUCUGAGAACGGUAUAGUGGUAUUGUCUUUCCCGCCUCAUUGUUCACACAACUUACAACCGCUAGACCGUUCUGUGUAUGGGCCUUUAAAGAAGGCAAUUAAUUCUGGCUGCGAUGCAUGGAUGCGAAGUAACCCAAGGAAAACAAUGACGAUAUAUAAUAUCCCAUCCAUAGUAACUACAGCCUUUCCGAUGGCGCUGACAUCAAGUAAAAUUCAGGCAGGCUUCAGGUGUACGGGAAUAUUUCUCUUUAAUAGACAUAUAUUUACCGCCAUAGACUAUGCACCCUCUUACGUGACAGAUCGGCCUGCAGCAGCGGCUGAGCUAAGAAAAGAUGAAGUUAAUAAGGCAAAUCCAGAAAAUGUAGAAAAUGACCCUACAACACCUGACGAAGCGAGAAAUAAACAUGAUGAAACUCCGUCACCGAUACCAGUUUCAGAUGAACCUGUAGCGUCAACUUCAAGACUUCAGAAAUUUGCACCGGAGACCAACUCGGAUGAAGAUCGAAAUUAUUCCAUCUCAUCAGAUAGCCAGGAUAGUACUUCCGAAAGUUCAGGUUCAAAUCCGCCAAAAGGAAAGAAAAGAGAGAAACGUCAAGCUGAGUGGAAACGUUCGAAAAUGAAAACUGCAAGGAACACGGGAAAAGAAUACGUUGACCGCAGGGAAUAA